AUGGAAUCACUGGAACCACCUCUCCAUACUGGUUCUUCCGUGGUGAGCGUUCAAGAGCUCGUCAAAGAAACCUUGGAGGCAAUUCCAGAGAGGUAUGUUCGCCACGACCAGGAACCGCAAAUCCUCUCUGAUAUUCGAAGCACUGAAACGCCAAUCGUUCCAAUCAUUGACUUGGGGAAAUUGUCCUCGGACCAAACUUUGGGUGAUCAAGAAUUGCAGAAAUUGCAUGGAGCUUGCAAAGACUUGGGAAUCAUUCAGCUGGUUAACCACGGGAUAGGCCCUUCUCUGUUGGAGGAUCUAAGGCAUGAAAUCGAAGAAUUUUUCAAGCUCGCCUUGUCGGAGAAAGAGAAGUUCGGGAGAAGGUUGGGAGAGUUCGAAGGCUAUGGGAGUGUCCCACUGUCAGAAGAGAAACUUGACUGGGGUGAUAGGUUCUUAAUGACAGUCAACCCCAUUGCCAAAAGGAACCCUCGACUCUUUCCGGAGCUUCCUUUGUCACUCAGAAACACCUUAGACUCUUACAUUAAGGAGAUGCAAAAGCUAGCCAUGCAGCUACUUUGCUUGAUUUCAAAAUGUUUAGAAAUCGAGAUGAACGAGAUGAAAGAGUUAUUUGAAGACGGCUUUCAAAUUUUGAGGAUGACAUACUAUCCUCCGUGCCCACAGCCAGAGCUUGUUGUCGGGUUGACACCGCACUCGGAUAGUUGCGGCAUCACCAUUCUCCACCAAAUUAACAAUGUUGAUGGCUUCCAAAUUAAAAAGGAUGGAAUUUGGACACCUGUUCACAUUCUACCAGAUGCAUUUGUAGUGAAUGUGGGAGAUACCAUGGAGAUUCUUACCAAUGGUCUUUACAAUAGCAUUGAGCACAGAGCCACGGUGAAUUCGAUAAAAGAAAGGAUCUCAAUUGCCAUGUUCUUCAACCCUAAGCUGGACUCAGAAAUUGGCCCAAUCCAAUCUCUAAUGACUAAGGAAAGCCCAGCUUUAUUUAGGAGGAUUAAGACGGAGAAAUAUGUUAAUGAUUACUCUUCCCAUAAGCUUGAUGGAAAGUCAUAUUUAGAGAAGUUAAAGCUUCGGACGGAGAAGGCUGUUGCAUUUGAAGUGGAGUGAACGAGGAUUCUGGAAGAUCCUUGGUGACCAACCUUAAUUGACGAGUGAAGCAUACUAAAGACAUUAUGCAUUCAACAAGAGUUUGUCGCAUCAUAUUGUAAAUAUAUAUAGUAAAUCAUUUUCUAUGUUGCUUAUAGUAUUGGGUGUUAUAGCACUGUUUGUCGAAAAAGCAUAAUGCUCUGUAACAUAGCCAUUUUGUUAUACCAGUAUC